CUCUUCUGGGAGGCAGCCAUGUGGUGAACAUUGAGCGCAGUGUUUUCCCCCCGCUUCUCUCCUUUCCUUUUCAGACGUGCAAAAUCACUCCGUGCUGCUGUCGAUGUGAACUCCUUGCUGCUCUGUCUCUUCUCUUCCAGAAACUCCAGGCCCUGAUUUAGCAGCUACAGAUCUGUGAGCUCUCGCUGUAUCUGGACAGAAUACGGACAAGGAGAUGAAUAUCAGAAGGGAAGAAAGAGUGAAGUUGGUUAUUUCUCUGGCACAUGGAUGCAAUUACUCUCGGCGCAUUCCAGAGGCGUUCUUUUGAAUCCUGUGCAGGUCUGCCUGCCGUCCCUGGGAGAGAGAAGGCAGAAGGGAGGAAAAGUCCCUUUCUCACACGGAGACGGAAUGUCUGCACUUUCCAUCCUCUUUUUAGGGACAAGAGGAAAAAACCACGUUCUCCAACAUCAGGGCUUCCUUCCGAACAAAAGAUGGCUUAUCAAACCUCUGCAGUAAAAGCUUCCUGUUCUGUCUGGCUGGCUGAGGCUCAGACAGAAUUUAAAAGAGUGGCCGAAGAAAACGUGACUUUGCCUUGUCACCAUCGCCUGGGCCUCCUGGAGCAAGGCAGCCUGGACAUUGAGUGGCUGCUGCACACGUCUGAAUCGGUGCAGAAAGCGGUGAUCACCUACUCUGGAGGCCACGUUUACGAUGACCUGAAUGAAGAACAGAAGGGCCGUGUUUCAUUCACCUCCAACUUCCGUGCUGGAGAUGCAUCCCUGCAGAUCAUCUCCCUGCAGUCCAGUGAUGCAGGGAAGUACAUAUGUAAGGUGAAGAAUGCUGGGCAGUACGAAUGGGCUCACAUCACCCUGAAGGUUGUAGAGAAACCCUCCAAGCCCAAGUGCUGGCUGGAAGGAGAGCUGUCAGAAGGGAAAGACCUGUCCCUGCAGUGCCGUUCUUCCUCAGGCACUGCGCCCAUCUCCUACCGGUGGCAGCGCAUAAAUGAGGAAGAUGAGAAAGCUGAACAUCUCCCACCUACGUCAAGAGUCAACAUUUCUAAUCCAGGUCAAGUCUUACUGAAGAACCUCACUCAGAUGAGUACAGGGUUGUAUCAAUGCAUGGCCACCAACGAGGCUGGACAAGAGAGCUGUGUUGUUCGGGUGACAGUGCAGCAUGCCCAAAAUAUUGGCAUGAUUGCUGGAGCAGUUUGCGGCGUCGUGGUGGGACUCUGCCUCCUGUUCCUGGUGGUGAGGCUGACAAUAAGAAGGAAAGAAAAGAAGAGGUAUGAGGAAGAGGAGGCCCCAAAUGAAAUCAGAGAAGACGCAGAGGCACCCAAAGCCCAUCUUGUCAAGCCCAGCUCCUCAUCCUCUGGUUCCAGGAGCUCACGCUCGGGUUCCUCCUCAACCAGGUCGACAGCCAACAGUGCCUCUCGCAGCCAGCGGACUUUGUCAACUGAAGCUACUCCCCAUCUGACUCCUCCACAGUACAGCCAGAGGGAGAUGGGAGGAAAGGAAACAGAGCCAAAGAAAGUCGACUAUGCCAACCUGAUGAAAAUGGGAGCCACGCUGGUCAUGGUGCCUGCUCAGAGCCGAGCGUUCCAGACCGUGUGACUGCUCUGACUUCUGCCAUCCAGAAACACGCCACGUACCACCAGCCACAUAGGAGUUGUUAGAUUAGCUAGUUACCUCCCUGGCCAGCUUAAUUUUAGUCACCUGUGACAAUCUGCACCACAAGAAGCCCUCCCACUCAACUUUUUCCCAGCACUUGAGGUUCUGAGAUGGAUUUUUU